AUGGCUGGGACUGAAGCGUCAAUAAAUGGUUUUCAUGACUACCCCAAGAACUCAUUCCAGAGUUGGGGCAACUAUUUCCAAGCACUAAUGGAAAUACCACACCGGUUGUUGGACCGGAUUAUGAGCCGAUCACUUGACCAAACGAAGCUGGUGGAGGUGAAGGCUGAGAGCCAGCUUGAGAUGAAGAAGACACUGACUUGGUGGGAUCUUAUUUGGUUUGGCAUGGGCGCUGUUAUUGGUUCUGGUAUCUUUGUGCUCACUGGUCUUGAGACCCAGUCACAUGCUGGUCCUGCUGUUGUGUUAUCUUAUGUUAUCCCUGGAAUUUGUGCCUUGAUUUCUGUUUUCUGUUACACUGAGUUUGCCGUGGAGAUCCCUGUAGCAAGUGGUUCAUUUGCCUACCGAAGGGUAGAGCUUGGAGAUUUUGUGGCCUUCAUUGCAGCCGGCAACAUUAUCAUCGAAUAUGUGAUCGGUGGAGCAGCUCUUGCAAGUUCAUGGACAUCAUAUUUUGCCACUCUCUGCAACCACCAACAUGGCGAUUUCCGCAUCGUAGUCCAUUCGCUACCAAGCGACUACCAAUCACUAGACCCCGUUGCUGUUGUUGUCAUUUUCAUCAUCUGUAUCCUCGCCGUCAUAAGUACCAAAGCCUCAUCACGUUUCAAUUAUGUCACCUCAAUUGUUCAUCUCAUUGUCAUCAUCUUAAUCAUCAUUGCCGGUCUUACAAAAGCCAAUCCCAAAAACUACACUCCAUUUGCUCCUUUUGGUGCUCGAGGCAUGUUCCAAGCUUCAGCUGGACUAUUCUUCACCUAUGUUGGAUUUGAUGACGUUUCAACUGUGGCUGAGGAAACUAAAAAUCCAGCUAGAGACAUCCCGAUUGGACUUUUUGGCUCAAUGGUUAUAACCACAUUGGCCUAUUGUUUACUAGCUAUGACACUAUGCCUUAUGCAACCGUCCGCUAAUGUUGAUAAAGAUGCUCCAUACUCGGUAGCAUUUCAAGCCGUAGGUAUGGGUUGGGCUAAGUAUAGAGUCGCACUUGGAGCACUAAAAGGCAUGACUUCAGUUCUGCUUGUUGGAGCUGUUGGUCAAGCUCGGUAUCUUACACAUAUUGCACGUACACACAUGAUGCCUCAUUGUUUAGCUAAGGUCCAUGAAAGGACUAAAACAACCAUUAAUGCCACGGCUAUCAUGCUUGUAGCAACCGCAAUCAUUGCCUUUUUCACACCGCUUACCAUUCUUGCAAACCUUCUCUCAGUGUCUACACUGUUCAUUUUCAUGCUUGUAGCUGUUGCGCUUAUUGUGAGGCGCUACUAUGUUAGUGGGGUGACAACACAAGUGAAUCGUAUUAAGCUCAUUGUGUGUCUUGUUCUUAUACUAGGGUCUUCAUUUGGGACUGCUGUUUAUUGGGCCCAAAGUGAUGGUUGGAUUGGGUACACAAUAACUGUGCCAAUUUGGUUUGUUGGAACAAUGGGGCUUCGGCUUUUUGUUCCACAUGCAAGAAAUCCAAGACUUUGGGGUGUACCAUUGGUUCCAUGGCUCCCUUCAGCAUCCAUUGCUAUUAAUUUUUUUCUACUUGGGUCUAUAGAUAAAGCAUCGUACCUAAGGUUUGGCAUAUGGACUGGAAUUCUCAUGGUUUACUAUUUAUUUUUCGGAUUACAUUUGUCCUAUGACGAUGCAAAGGCAAAGGCAUCUAGGGAUAGGAGGAUGGAUGAGCAGUCGAAGGUGCUGGAAGAGGUUCCGGCUCAAGAGUUUGUGAACGUUGGCAAUGCUUCUACACUUGGCGCCACUUAG